AUGGCGCGCAAGACGAAUCUCAAGGAAUUCGAGGACGUGUUCCCCAAGCUGGAGAAGGUCCUCCUCGAGCAGGCUGCGAGCUACAACCUCCCCAAGGCGCACCUAGAAUGGUAUCAAAAGUCCCUCCAAACCAACACCGUCGGCGGCAAAUGCAACCGCGGCAUGUCCGUCCCCGACUCGACCUCCCUCCUCCUCGAAAAGCCCCUCACCGAAGACCAAUACUUCCAAGCCGCCACUCUAGGCUGGAUGACUGAGCUCCUGCAGGCCUUCUUCCUCGUGUCCGACGACAUCAUGGACAGCUCCAUCACCCGCCGCGGCAAGCCCUGCUGGUACCGCCAAGAGGGCGUCGGCCUCAUCGCCAUCAACGACGCCUUCAUGCUCGAGACCGCCAUCUACUCGCUCCUGAAGAAGUAUUUCCGCCAGCACCCGCGGUACAUUGAGCUCGUCGAGCUGUUCCACGACAUUACCUUCAAGACGGAGAUGGGCCAGCUGGCGGACCUGCUCACCGCCCCCGAGGAUAACGUCAACCUCGACAACUUCUCGCUCGAGAAGCACUCGUUCAUCGUCAUCUACAAGACGGCGUGGUACUCGUUCUACCUCCCCGUCGCGCUGGCCCUGUACCUCCUCGACAUCGCCACCCCCAAGAACCUCAAGCAGGCCGAGGACAUCCUGAUCCCCCUGGGCGAAUACUUCCAGGUCCAGGACGACUACCUCGACAACUUCGGCCUCCCCGAGCACAUUGGCAAGAUCGGCACCGACAUCAUGGAUAACAAGUGCUCGUGGCUCGUCAACGUCGCCCUCGAGAUCGCCACCCCCGAGCAGCGCCGCAUCCUCGAGGAGAACUACGGCCGCAAGGAUGUCGAGAAGGAGGCUGUCGUGAAGAAGUUGUUCGAUGACCUGAACCUGAAGCAGAGGUACGAGGAGUUUGAGGAGAAGAGGGCCAAGGAGAUUAGGGAGUUGAUUGAUCGUGUGGAUGAGAGUGAGGGCCUGAAGAAGUCAGUGUUUACGGCGUUCCUGGACAAGAUUUACAAGAGGUCGAAGUAA